CGUAUUCUUAAAAAAAUCAAUUUUUUUCUGAAAUAAACCUGAGAUGUUCCGAAAUUUUAUCAUCUUAACGAUUAAAAUAUUGAAUGUAGGAUUGGAAAACAUUACAUAAAUUUUAUCAGCAGUUUUAAAUGAUAAAAUAUAUUUUUAGAGCUGACCAUGAAAAGAGACGAUUUGUGUUUAAUUCGGAAAUCGUUCUCGCGGGAAAUAAAUAGAUAAGAAUAGAGAAGAAUGUCGCCAUGAGAUCUUUUAUAUCUCACGACCAAGGGAAAAAAAUUCGUAUCAAGUUUCUGUGAUUUCAUCCUCUAUUCACCCCACCCUACCGAGUUGUUCGGCAAUUACACGGAAAUCUCUAUCAAUUCCAUGACUUCAUGGUAACAUCGCGGCGAUUGAUCAUCUCCAUCCCCAAAUAUCUGCGUUUGCGACACAGCAGCGUGUGCAAAGUCGUGGCAUAUUCGCGAAUAUAUAUACGCAUGCCUUUUCGUAGAAAAAUUCCUCAACCCCGUUAGCGCGAAGAGACCAAGCGGUGGCUCCAAGCGCAAGAAGCCAGUUUUGUCGCAAGCUUCGCCGCGGCCGGAUGCGCGAGUGGGGUGGCCUGCGCGCCGGGGUGAAACUUGCAAGCUCCCUCUUUAUCGAGCUUGCAGAUGGCUGUGCCUUUUAGAUUUUGACGUGUGAAUCUUCCGUUCCUCCCCGUUCGUACGCCCGCGUGCUUUGUGAUACAACAUUUCGGUCGUUUAUCGCGUUUGCUCCGUUUACUCCGAUCGGUUGCCGACGAUCAGCACCCCCACGACAUGCCCAGGAAAGUCGGAUUUAACGUCGUCUAUGCCACGAGCGAGGAGGAUAGGCACUCGUCGUUAGAGCUUAAUAUUCAUGGGCCGACGGUAAGAGGUUGGCAGAGUGCAAGAAAUUGCACGUAUCCUCAGGAACUGAUUUUACGUCUUCAUGGACCCACGAAACUUACAAGAAUACAAGUCUUGGCUCAUCAGUACCUAAUACCUGAGAAGCUGGAGAUCUGGACAUCGAGGGAGGAAAAUGCAUGCACUUCAACGAACUUCAAUUACUUGGGUUACAUCACGCUGUCCGACAAUGCGUCAACCCUUUAUAAGAGCAGGGAGCUGAAAAGUGUGGCUCUUCCAGAAACGGAAGCAUUGUCACUGAAGCUCAGGCUACACAAACCGCAUAGUAAUGCGCACAACACCUACUGUCAAGUUGGCCUUAUUGCUAUAAAUAUACUUGGCGAGCCUUAUGGCCAGGAAUUAACUGGACAGGGGGACGCCCCGUACAAUCCGAAUUACAUCUCGCCUUACGACGAUCUGGCGUUCGAAAUGUACGUUGAUCGGGAAGUGGCCAAAAUCAUAAGACAAAUGGAAGUGAAGAAGUUACUAGCGGUAGAAGAGGAGAGAUUCGAGUACGCUUCAAAAUUGAAAGUAGCUAUGGAAAACUUGAAAAAAGCGGGUGAGCGUCUGGGCAAAUACGAAUUGGAGAAAAAGUACGCCAUAGCUUUGGAAGAUUACGAUAAGGCCAAAGCUAAAAAGGCCCAAGCACAGCAGUACAGACAACAGGUCUAUCAAUCAUUGGAUAUACACAAUCUGCUCGAGAUUCAUGGACCUAUGGAAAAGAAUAAUCUGACGACCGUGGAGGACAAAGAAUUGAUGUCAGCCGAUGCUUCCAAUACAGCGUCGUUGCCGGACGACAUAAAAUCUCCUCCGAGAUUGGACAUUCCAAACCGCGAUGGUGCCGUGUCACCAACUGGUCCUGUACAUCAACCGUCCGUAUCGCCGUUGCGUCAAAAGUCUAACAGUCCCGAGGUAACCGGCAGCCCUACGAACGGUGUCAUUGAAAAGCAAAGCAACUGUAACAAAGGAUCCCUUCCUAGGCGAAAAGCUAAAUCAGCAGGUCCGGCUCUUCGAUCGAGUUACGAAGCCUAUGAAGAAAGGACUAUCCCUGCUCUAAGACACUCACAUACAAACGAGUUUACAAGAGAAUGUCACUUGGACAGCGCAGAGACAAAAAUUACCUCGAAACUUAACGACAGGGAGAAAAAACAAGCUGCGUUACCUAUUGCGGUCUUCGGGAUGGAGAUGGUAGAAAAGUUCUACUCAAAGCAGUUCACGGACAAAGAGGAGGGGCUGAUGCAACUGAAGGAGGAAUUGAAGACGUUUGACUCGGCGGUUUCGAAACAUUCUCCAAAUAAAACGGCCAGAGCGGCUAUUUUGCUGUUGCACAGGGCUCUCAGAGACAAGGUAUUCAGCGUAUACAGUUUGGCAGCGCAGCUUAUUCGAAUCUUCUUCGCUGAGUUCGCUGCGGACAGAGUGUCUUCGACUGAGAUUGCCAGAAGUGUCGAACGUUUGCUCCCAGAACUUCUGACAAAAUCUGGAGAUACUACCCCAAGGAUACACAAUAUGGCAGUGCAUACAAUCCUUAGCAUGGCAGACUGCAAAUGCGUUCGGGAAUUGCACAUAAUACCGGUACAUCUGACCAGACCCGUCAACAGCAGUACACAUCAGAGGCUCGCUCUGAGCAGACUGGAGAUGGUGGAGCAAUUGAUACUGAGCCACGGCAUCUCUACGGAAAAACAAAGCGGGUUGACUUGUCGGACAUUAUCCGAAUUAGGUUCUUCCGGUCUGCAUCACCCGGCUGAGGCAGUGCGGAAGGUCUCCGAAAGGAUUCUCGUGUUGGUGUAUAAAGUCAAUCCUAGAUUGGUGCGAAAGCAAUUGCCGCCUGACGAUGAUAUAACACGACGGAACUUGUUGUAUCGCCAACUUUUCCACGAAUUUGACUUGAUUGAUCUUCAGAGAAAAAAGGAAGUUGAGUCCACCCAUAAAGCGACAACGACACCUACGCGAACUAGAUCUACAGAAAAUAAUGUAACCAAUUUAACCAAGUCACCUUCAAGAUCGAGUCCCGUAGUGAGCACCGGGAGUUCAACGAGUAUCACGUCUCCGUCCGAAAACAGUAUCGAUCAUAAGGGAGAUAAAAUGUGCAUAUUUUGCCUGUCCAAGGGUCAAGUAUACUCCGAAGAAGGUCUGAAUAUACAUUAUUGGAGAACUUGCCCUAUGUUAACGAAAUGUGAAGCAUGUAAACAAGUCGUAGAAAUUUCUUAUUUGAACCUGCAUUUGUUAAAUGAAUGCGAUAUGAGGAGUAAUUAUGUAAAAUGUGAUACGUGUAAACAGGCGGUGCAUGAAAAUACAUUUGAGAAUCACAGACAAGAUAAAAAAUGCACAAAACCUAUAGAGGGAUACGAACGCUGUCCUCUUUGUUUUGCUUUGGUUAAUCAAAAUAAGUGGAGGGAACACCUCAUGGGGGAACAUCCAUGUGUAAAUAAUCCACGAAACAAGAUCGGGAAAAAUUGUUCGAAAUCGCCAUCUAAUUCACAAAAUCUUAGCGGCAAGUUAACAUCACCGACGGGUAGGGAUUAUUAGCAUCAAGCAACAACCUCAAAGCCAACGGAGAAAGUCAAAUCAUAGAGAAAUUUUGAUUUUAUUUAUUUUAUAAUUCAUGUAUAUAAUGUUAUAUAUGUACGAGCUAUCCAGCAUUUUUCAUGUUUGUACUUACAUUUAAAUAAUUUUUUAUAGCAAAACCCGUCCUUUAUUAAUAGAGAGUCAUAUAGAGCGGAUUUUUAAUUAGUACAUUAAAAAUCCUGAUAUUUAAAUAA